UCUCGAUACAACACGAUCUGCAAGUUCUAACCACGACACGAAACCAAGAAGAAGAUGGCAAACCAAGGUCAGGACAUCGGAUACGCGGCUGGCCAAAUGACAGGUCAAGCUCAGCUGAAGAAAGAGGAGUGCAUGGACCAGGCGUCUAACGAGUACCAGGCAACCAUGGACAAGCUCUCUGGCACCACUCCAAACUCUGGCUAUGACAUCAAAGGCCAGGCCACCAAUUUCCUUCAACAGACAGGAGAGCAAGUGAAGAGCAUGGCACAUGGAGCAGCCGAAGCAGUGAAGAGCACUUUGGGAAUGAAUAAUGACGCCGCCGGCGAUGCCGCCGCCACCGUCAACCCCCCCAACAAUCCCAGCUACCCCGCCAACAAUCCGGCCUCCAGAGUCUGAACUUCUCUCUCUCUCCCCUAAUCCAUAUUACUGAUAGAUAUUUCCCGUCUCUUGGUGUCUCGAUAGGGGAUCUUAUUAUGAAUCGUCUCGUGUAUUUCUUGUAACGUUUCUCAAGCGGUCCUUGGACAAAUUCUUGGGAAAUUGUAAUUUCUUUCUUGUUUGGUUACGGCUGCUUAGCGGUCGGCCGAGGCCUUUAGAUUAAAUUUGUUUAAG